AUGGAAAUUGAACAUACCAUCAAUGAAGUAGAAUCUUGUCAAACACUUGCCUCAAGCGAUUAUGAUGCUGCUUAUUCUAAUCUUAUUGCUAUAGAAAAAUAUGCUAGAAAUGAAGAAAAAACAGAUUUAUUAAUUAAAGUUGUAGAAGGAUUAUUAUCAAAUGCAUGGAAAUACAAAACAGUAGAAACUGUUGUUGAUGUUUUUAAUUUUAUUUUAGGAAGAAGGGCACAACAAAAAACAGCAAUUACAAAAGCUGUCGAAAUAUGUUCUAGUUAUAUUCGUGAAUUAAAAAAUAAAGAUAUUAAAGGUUAUGAACUGUUAGCAAAAACAAUUUGUACACAAACUGAAGGAAAAGUUUUUGUUGAUGUUUUAAGAGCACAAAUAGUAAAAGAUUUUGCGUUAUAUCUUGAAGAGAAUAAAAGAUUAGAUGAAGCAACUCGAAUAAUGCAAAGUAUGCAUAUUGAAACGUUUACUUCAUUGGAUAAAAAAGAGAGAAUGGAUUUUUUGUUAGUUCAAUUUAGAAUUGCAUUAGAAUCAGAAGAUUAUUUAAGAGUAUUAUUAUUAUCUAAUAAAGUAAAUAGAACAACUAUUCAAAGUGAAGGAUUUGAAGAAUUAAGAUUAGAAUUUUGUAGAUUAAUGAUUCAAUAUAAUAUUCAUGAAAAUAAUUAUAUUGAGAAUUGUAGAAUGAUGUUAAUGAUUUAUGACACAUUAAAAUCUUUAUCGUCUGAACUUAAAAUGGAAAUUAGCGAAAAUAAAUUUUUAAGAAAACAAGAAUAUUGUUUAGAUUCUUCACUUGCAUUAAAACUCUCCGUAAUAUUUUUAAUUUGUGCUGAUUUUAUUCCAGAAAAAAAAGAUUUAUUAGUUAGACUAAAAUCAAUUCGUGAAUUAGAAAAUUUCCCUUCUUAUCAAACUGCUGUUCAAAUGUUCCUUACAGAAGAGGUUAUUGAUUCUAAUAAAUGGAUUCCAGUAUAUAUUCAAUUAUAUAAUUCUGAAUGCUUAAAUCAUCUUAGUAUAUCAUCUGAUGAAAUUGCUAAUCAUCUUAAAUUACAAAUUACUCAACAUAAUAUUAGAAUGAUUGCUAAAUAUUAUCAUGAUAUUACUCUUUCUCGUUUUUCUCAACUUCUUAAUAUUUCAUUAGAAGAAUUAGAAAAACAAAUAUGUGCACUUGUUAAUUUGAAACAAAUUUAUGCUAAAAUUAAUAGACCUAGAGGAAUUGUUUCUUUUGUCAAAUCAAAAGAUCCUAAAGAAGUUUUAGAUAUUUGGACAGAAGAUAUUAAACAAUUACUUACGUUAGUCAAUGAUACAUGUUUCCUUAUUGAAACAGAAAAAAUGGUCCAUCAGAAUUAA